AUGGCGAGUUCCAAGAGAAGCGACACGGUCGUGGCCGCCGCCGUGCACAAGAGCGAUGAGCAUUCCAUGACCGACGACGAGAGGCGGCUGGCCGAGAUGGGCCACAUCCAGGAGCUGGAGCGGCAUUUCUCCAAACUCUCGCUGAUAGGCCUCGCUUCGACGACGACCAUAUCCUGGACCGGACUCGGUUUGGGCAUUGUCACCGAGAUCAAUGCUGGAGGCCCGGGAGCCAUCAUCUAUGGAUUCAUACUCGUCACCAUCCUGCAAUGCUUCCUCGGUGCUUCUCUUGCAGAGUUUGUCUCGAGCUAUCCUACCGAGGGUGGCAUGUACCACUGGAUUGCUGCUGUUGCGCCUAGAAAACAGGCACUGUUCUUGAGUUUUCUCACGGGCUGGUUCACAGUCUGCGGAUGGAUUUUCACCACGGCAUCCACCAACCUCAUCUAUGCCCAGACACUGGGUGCGCUGAUUGCCCUCUACCACCCGAACAUGACGGUCAAGACUUGGGAAAUCUUUGUCAUCUACCAAGGUCUGAAUUUGUUGACUGCCUCGGUUGUCCUUUUUGGCAACAAGGUGAUUCCAAGUCUCAACAGAUUCUCUCUCUUUUAUUUGCAGAUUGGCUGGCUGGUUGUGCUCGUCACUGUUGUGGCUUGUGCACCAACAUACCAGAGCCCUGAGUUCGUCUUCCGUACCUGGAUCAACAAUACGGGCUGGGAAAACAACGUCAUCGCCUUUGCCGUGGGUCUCGUUAAUCCAUUGUACAGUCUUGGUGGGCUUGAUGGAGUGACACACAUUACGGAAGAAAUGCCCAAUCCAUCACGCAACGCGCCUCUGGCCAUAGCUAUUACCCUCACCAUCGCAUUCUGUACCGGCAUCAGCUACCUGAUCGGGCUCAUGUCCAGCGUACAAGACUACGCUGCGCUUGCUACCACCAACACUGGGCUCCCUCUGGCCGAGCUCUUUCGCCAGGCGACACAAUCGGCGGGCGGUGCUUUUGGGCUUACCUUUAUCCUCUUCAUCGCACUGGGCCCAUGCGUCAUAUCGUCGCAGCUUUCCACGUCGCGCGUCUUGUGGGCGUUUGCGCGAGACGGCGCCAUGCCUUGGUCAGCGACAUGGGCACGCGUCAGCUCGCGGUUUGGCAUCCCAUUCAACUCGCAACUGCUCGUGGCAGCAGCAAAUGCAGCGCUGGGAUGUCUCUACCUGGGCAGCUCGACGGCUUUCAACGCCAUGCUGGGGUCUGCCGUCACGGUCAAUAACAUUGCCUACUACAUCCCCAUCUUGACCAACCUGUUGACGGGCAGGCGCAACAUGUACAAGGGCGCCUUUCACAUGGGCAGUUUGGGCUUCGUCGUCAACAUUGUCACCAUUUGCUGGCUUACCUUUGCCAUUGUCUUCUUCAGCUUCCCGUACUCGAUGCCUGUUGAGGCGGCCAACAUGAACUACACGUGCGUCGUGGUUGGCUCGCUGCCAUUUCUGAUUAUUGGCUGGUGGUUCUGGAUCAAGCCGACGUACAAGGACAAGAUGGCGCGGACUGGUAGAUGGGAUUGA